AUUAACGAAAACCCAGUUGAUCUCUUUGACCUUGAUGCAAAAGGAAAUUUAAUUGCAAUGCCUCAAGCCAUACAUUAUAUAGAAGUUACUGUUGCAGAGAUCUCAGGGCAACUUCGGACAGCCUUUACUCCUACCUUAGUUGUUGAGGUUAGUGACACAGAAAAAAGAUCAAAGUUCGAGAAUAUGAAUUUUAAAUUUAUUUCCGAUUAUUUUGCACCUGGAACGGCUGUCACACUUGGUUGGUUAAUUGACCCUAAGCAAAAAAGAAUCUGGGUUUACAAACGUGAUCAGUGUGGAAAUAUAAUUCGCAAUGAGCAUCGUUGGGAAAAUAUAGAUGGUGGUGACACUCUACCAGGGUUUGUCCUGUCUGUUCAAAAGAUAGAUUAUGCAAUCUCUCAAGCCCCAACACCAGAAGCAUCUGAAGAUGAAUAUGAGUUAAAAAUUAAUUGUCCAGAAUGUAUUGAAAGUUUUACUGAACGUUAUAA